AUGAACCAGACUAUAGAAGAGUUUGAUGGAGGCGAUUUGGGAAAAUAUGUCGUGGAGAUGGUGAGCUCGGCCGUCAUUGUCGAACACGAGGACGUACUGGAACAGUUCUGCAGACGGGAUUCCAAAGGUUUCCAAGUGUCCACGAGGGAAAUAGAUGUGCUUCGAAGUUCUGCCGACGACGGCCCGGACUUAGAAUUGCCGUCAGGCAAACAAGGACGUCCGGCUCGAUCGUUUUGGAAGCGGACGAAGAAGUACGUCAGGCAGUUAUUUUGCUGUUGCUGUUCCUCUUCAUAG